GCAGUAAGAGCCAUGAAAGGAUCAAGCAGUCGACUUUGUCAAACAUAUCGAAGAUUACACUCGACCACAAACAUCAACAACCUUCCCCGAAUAGCACCCUUACCUCAUAUCUCCGUAUUAGAAAUAUCCGGUCCCGACGCUACGAAAUUCCUCAAAGGUUUGAGCUGUAAAGAUGUAGAUUCUCUUCAAGGAGGUUAUAGUGGAUUUCUCAAUGCUUCUGGUAGAGUACUACAUACGACAUUCAUAAUCCCUUUAUCUUCAUCCACCAUUCCUACUUAUCUUAUAACUCACCAAUCCCCUUCUACUCAUCCUCACCCGCUCACGACCUUACUUCCACCUUUCAAACUUCGUUCCAGAGUCCGAUUUCGUGAUGUAUCAUCUGAAUGGGAUGUUUUUUCCGCUUGGGGAUCAAAAGAGGAUAUGGAAGGACAUAAACCUCUGGAGAGAUGGAAGUUUGGAAGUGGAGGUGCAGCUGAAAGAGGUUGGAUAUGGGAAGGAGGAGUAAAAGAUUUAGGUUUGAAAGAAGGAGAAGUUGGUUGUUGGGAUUUAAGAGCUGGCUGGGGAAGUAUGGGUAAAAGGGUUUUAAUACCAAAGGGAGAUAAACCAUCUCUUAUCUCUUCACACGAUUCUGUCCUUACUGAAAUAUAUCAUCUCAAUCGUACUUUACUCGGUGUACCUGAAGGUCCAACGGAAAUAUUACCUACCCAAGCAUUACCUUUAGAAAGUUGUAUGGACAUUCAUGGAGGUAUAGAUUUCCGUAAAGGUUGUUAUUUAGGUCAAGAAUUGACAGUACGAACAUAUCAUACUGGUGCUACAAGAAAACGUAUAUUACCUAUUCGACUUUUCCCUCUUUCUUCGAAUAAACCUUUAUCAGAAAUUGUUCUCUCACCUCCCACUGUAUCAUCUCUCUCCACCGCCCCAACCUUGCCAGAAUCUCCUCCUUUACCUGAGUUAAGUACGCCAACUUCAACGUUCUCUACCACGGGAGACUUAUCACAUACUUCCAUCACGGACGAAGAGUCACAGAUAGAUAUCACCUAUCAUCCACCUCCCGACGCAACUUUGAAAAAAGCUAGAUCAGCAGGAAAGAUCCUUUCUCUCCUUCCUCAUCAUCCGAAUGUGGGAUUGGGGUUGGUAAGGAUUGAGAUGGCCGAGAGAACAUGGUGGAAUGCUCCUUCGGUUGGAAGUGUAACAGACUGGGCGAAGGGAAACAGAGGUAGGUUGAUAGCCAAUGUCCAUGGGGAAGAAAUGGGGGUUUAUGUUGGUAUGGGAGAAGCUUAUAAUUCUGCUUCGCAAUUUGAAAAGACGCAAGGGAAUCGAUGAAAAAGUACUGGUUUACUGGUAAGUAUGGAGGUGUAAUUUUGUGUCAACCCCACUCAUAUUUGAAGAGCUAUAGAUUGUAUCUUCAGGGUAAUGUACUAGAUGAUAUACAUAAAGUC